UCAACUUGAUAUAGCUCAACAUUCUGUACCAUACACCAUGUUGUCUCUUCUGUCGCUAUUCACACUCCUCGUUUCGACUGAGGCUGCAGCGGUGAGACGAGCCAAUACCAACCCUACCGUCAAGAGCUCCAAGCUUGUGGCAGUCGCGAGUGAUCCUCAUUUGACCCGUGAUUCCGGUGGCUCUGUCAAAUGGGGUUCGAGAACCCUGUGGACGUAUCGAGAUACUCAGUACCUCAAUUCAGACUAUCAACCCGUCAAUUUUUUCUCGUCUUCAGCCAGUUACGGAGCUAUCAACAGUGAUGGUUCUGUUCCCUUUUCACCCGUCCCUUCGGACCAACCUGAUGGUUACAAGUACCCUGCGGAAUAUGACUUGACGGGGGAUAACAAGAAUACAUCGUUCUACACUAUCCUCCCGAAUGAAUGUAGCGAAGACGGAAAUCAAGGUGGAAACUGUUACAACGGAUCGAGAUAUGCCAUUUGGGAGGACUAUCCUCCACUCGUCACGGAGCAAUCUGGUACCAUCACUGGAUACACUUGGGUCAAACGAUCCCUCAUUGAAUUCUUGACGAAUCAGAUUCCCAAUCCUUCGGCGACAUUGUACAAAGUCACCGGUACGGACGAUCAACAAGCUCUACCCACGGUCUCGGUGAUCGAUGAAGAAUUUUGGCAGGUCGAUCAAUUCGCCUAUGGACAUUAUGGCAAUCUCGUCGUCGACAAUGUGGCGUAUCUCUACGCAACCAAUGAGAAUCGAGAUAUCGCUUUGGCCAAAGUCCCCAUCGCUGAUAUCGAAGAAAAAUCAGCAUAUCAAUUCUACGUCGGUGGUGAAUGGACGACCGAUCAACCUUCAGUGGACGAUACCUCGGCCUACAUUGAUAUCGCUGGCGGAGGUCAAGGAACAUUCUAUUACUCUGAACCGUGGGAUCAAUACGUCUGGUUAGGUCAACCUGGAGGAUGUGCCUGUCCCGAAUUCAUCGUAUCGGUAUCCUCGUCACCGGAAGGACCAUGGACAAGCCCAAGUCAUGUCAUUGAUGUCCCGCCUGGCAAUUACACUGGCAUCGGAGCGUACACUAUGCAAGCUCAUCCAGAGUUCACUCCUGGACCGGCACAAAAUGCCAUUUAUGUCACGUACACUCAGCAGUACAACAAUACCCCUUAUGAGACGCCAAUGUAUCUGAUCGAAUGGAAUUAACAAGAUGAGGCGAUCAAGCAGGACGAAGGGGCAGAAGGGACGGACCAUCAGCUAGACAAGACAAGCAUAAAAAGUGACAUCCCAGAAUGAUGAAAAGGGAGGGAUGUUGGACAUAUGUAUUUCUUGAUCCUCGCCCGUGGCGAUGCAGUUCCCCAUACGUGGGGUUAAUCUCCAGUCAAACUCCUCCUCCCAACUAGAUAAUCACGCCCCUUACUCUCAUGCACCCUGUGAACUCCAUUCUCAGUCAUCCUCAGAGCUGUGGUCCUCGUUGCAAUCUCAGGAGGCGUUUUCGCAUGUGUGCCAGAACACGAAGAAAGGGAAAACGACAACAAAGACCCUUUAGGACGCGUCGGAUUUUUUUUCUUUCUUUUUCUCAAGGAUUUUGAUUUUCAGGCACGGCACGGCACGAAUCA